CUCGGGCGGUUUACGGAGGCGGCGGGUUCGCUGCCGAGCGAGAGGCCUCGAGGAAGCGGCGCCGGAUUGUGAGCAAGAUGACAGAAGAUGCUUCCGCUCGCUGCCCAUCGCCCACAUUCUCAGAGGCCGGAUCAGUUCAGUAUCCAGAUUACCCAUUAACGCCACCAGUCUUGGAGUCAGAUGACGAGAGCUUGGAGGAGGAGGAUAGCGAAGAGGAAGAUCUCCAAGAAGAAUUCAGUGAGGAUUUCUGGAACACAGACGACGAACAGCUGCACAAGGAGGCAUUGGUCUGCCUGGACGCCAUUAGAGUGGCUGUGGAGAAAAUCACAGCAGACGUAGUGCAAAGGAGUGAGGUAGUGGCCAAGGCUAGGAGGGUUGAGACAGACCUCCUCACACGAGCGGUGGAAGCGGCAGAGAGACAGGCGGAAAGUGCGGAAAUCUUCUGGCGAGACAUGGUGCAGGCCGUCCGUGAGACGAAGGAGUUCUUUGCCGGGCAAUUUGAGCGCCACAAUUCAAUGAUGGAAAAGUUAGUGUCAGCGGUGGUACCUCAGGGAUCCUGUAGCGAGGUCCAGGCAAACGUCGUGGACGCAUCCGCUUUACACAUCCCGCCCAAGACUCCCCCACCCAUCGAUGAGAACUGUCCAGGAUCGGCUGAUAGCAAAAGAAUAGCUGCAAAGCGCUUUUGCAGCCGCGAUUCACCGGAGAUGUUGCCUAGGGACCACCUCAUGCAGAAGCGCCAGCGGUCAGUACUGGCGCGCUACAGGCUGUGACUUGCCUGAAAUGGUUGUCUUUUUACCGUGUUAUGCAUUGCCAAGGCAACACGCCUUUCCCUUCUGUUGCCCAGUUAAAUUUAACCCUCAUAAGAUAGGACGUCUCACCAAGUGCGUUGCACCGCGCUUAGUUAGUCAGACGCUCUGCACAUUACCUUUUUGACCAUGAUAAUAGUGUUCACAAGGUUAUCUGUCCUCUUGUUUACGUAGCCA